CAACAACAACAAAAAUGUUUGUGAAGUUCGUCGCUUUCUUCGCCUUGGUGGCCAUCGCCAGCGCUUCUGAUAUCUCCAGCUUCUCUUAUGGCGUGGCAGACCCCUACACCGGUGACUUCAAGCACCAGAUCGAGAACCGAGUAGACAACAACGUGGCGGGCCAGUACUCCCUCCUGGAGUCUGACGGCACUCGCCGCACUGUGGAUUACGCUGCUGGCGCUGAGGGCUUCAACGCCGUCGUCCGCAAGGACCCCGCUGUCAUCGCUCCCGCCAUCUCUUACGCCGCCCCCGCCAUCGCUGCUCCCACUAUCUCUUACGCUGCCCCCGCUAUCGCCGCUCCCAUCUCUUACGCCGCUGGUGUCGGCACUUCUUACGGAUACGCCAGAUUUGGAAACAUUGCGUACGGAGCUGCCCUCCCCUACGCCCGCUACUACUGAAAUCCUGGACUUGAAUUGAACCGAGUGUAAAUAAAUGUAAAUAGUUUGGAACUGA